CUGCGCGGGGUUUCGAUAGGGAAGCGGUGUCCGGCUGUUACUCGAGUAACAUGGCGGCGAAUGGACGUCAGCAUUUUUUCCCUGUUCGGCCUGUGUUCGGCCUUCGUGCACACCCCAUAGGAUAUGAGUCGCAAUCGGAGUCGCAAUGCCUCGUAAUGCGCGAAUAUGUCCGCUUUUCGUAACCUGCCCCAGCUGGUUACAGACUACUACAGUACGCGAAAAAACGGCCGUCCGAAAACUAUGUCCCCAGGCAACUACAUCCGUCUAAGUCCAGGAGAAGAAGCUCGCCUCAAACACGACGAAAACAGGAAACAAAAACUCGCCCGCUUGCAGCAGGUCCGAGAGCAGGAACGAAUAUUAGCAUCUGAGCAUCGGAAACUAUACCAAACCGUUGCUGAAUCGGAGCUUGGGCAUGUGCUUAACCUAUUAGAGAAAGACUGGACAGCAAGCAGACGGCAGAAGAUAAAUCAACUCAAGAAUGUACAGGAUAAACAAAAACAGCUGCUGGGUCAGGCCCACAGGACGGCUGAGCUGGUUGCUGCAGAUGAGCACACAACAAAAGUCUCUACUCCACAGCAUUAGAUCGAAUAAAGCUAGACGUGCUCAGAGGCCAAGAAGCAUUAGCUGAGACCCUCCUAGAAACAGCGACCCGCCGCGCCCGAACAGAAGUUAAACGCCUCCUCCUCAAACGAACCCGCGAAAAAGAAAACCUCCGCGCCCUCUACAUCGCUGAAUCCCAGCAAGAAAAAGCAGCCA